GAGGCCUCGGCAGACCGCUGCUUCCAGAGGCUCGAGCUUCUCUCCUUCUGUCCCGGUACCUGGCCAGCCCUCCCCCCAUCAGAACCAGCAUGUGCGCCGCGCGCUCCGUGCACGCCUUCUCGGCUCGCCUCCUGGGCAGCGGAGAGCUGCUGAGCCUGGCCUCGCUGCGGGGCAAGGUCUUGCUCAUCGAGAAUGUGGCGUCUCUCUGAGGCACCACCAUCCGCGACUACACGCAGAUGAACGAGCUGCAGAAGCGCCACGGGGGUCGCGGCUUCAUGGUGCUCGGCUUUCCCUGCAACCAGUUCGGCCACCAGGAGAAUGCCAAGAAUGAGGAGAUCCUGAAUUCUUUGAAAUUCGUCCGACCUGGCUCCGGGUUUGAGCCCAACUUCAUGCUCUUUGAGAAGUGUGAGGUGAAUGGAGAGAAGGCUCACCCUCUCUUCACCUUCCUACGGGAGGCACUGCCAGCCCCAAGUGAUGAUGCCAAUUCCCUAAUGACCGACCCAAAGCUCAUCAUCUGGUCUCCAGUGUGCAGGAAUGACAUCUCUUGGAAUUUCGAGAAGUUCCUCGUGGGUCCCGAUGGCGUGCCAGUGAAGAGGUACAGCAGGCGAUUUGAAACCAUCAACAUUGAAAAGGAUAUCGAGGAUCUUCUGAUGAAGGUGCCCAAGGAGGCAUAAGGCUGUAUUGCUCAGAGUGCUCCCAAUGUUCUCCUCUGAAAUGGGCUGUCUGGGGUUUGGCAGAACGGUGCUAAGGGUCCAUGAGGGUUUUAUCUAUGAUGGUGUUGUUUUUAAACCAUUAAGGAGAAAGAACACUUGAUAAUACUUGUAAAAUCCCAUGAGACUUUAGUGGCCUGCCUUGCCUUUACUCUGGAUAGCCUGUCCAUUCUAAUAAAGUUCUAGAAGAAAAA